AGUAAAUGUAGAUUGUGGAAUUAUAACAUCAUAAAAUAUAUGCAACAAUUCUAAAUAAUCUAGUAAUAUAAAAUGUAGAUGGAAAUAAUCAACUGAUUAAUGUUUAGCUAUAAAUGAUAUAAAUAGUUGUGAAAAUGUAAAAGAUUGGUAAGAAAUGUGUGACACUAAUGCUUGUGUUUGGUUAAAUAAUACAUGUAAGACAAGAGAAUGUAGCAGUUUCACCAUCUAAAAAACUUGUAAAUACAUUCCAAAUUAUGCUUAAACUUAAAUAUCAAUUUGUGUUUGGACAGAAGAUAAAUGUUAGACUCUCUUAAACUCUAAUGAAUUAUCACAAGAUUAAUGCUUUCAAAAUACAAAGGGAGGUUACAUGUGGAUAAAUGAUGGAUGUGUAUCUUGCCACGCUUACUUCUUAAAUAUUAUCACAAUGCUAAUAAUAUUCAUAUUUCUAGGCUGA